CCGCCAGGCUUAGCGAUGGCGUCCGGAUGGGAGAGCGAGCAGAGCCUGGAGGCGCGCAGGGAGCGGCGGCGGCGGGAGCGGGAAGCGCUGCUGGCGCAGGCCAAAAUUGAUUAUGAGAAGGAGGAGAGGCGCAAGCUGCAAAAGCGUCUGCGAGGUGAAGACACGUGGAUGCUUCCUGACGUGAAUGAGCGUGUGGAGCAACUGGAGGAGGAACAUUCUGGGAAGAAAAAGAAGAAAAAGGAUAAACAUUCAAAAAAAUCUAAGAAAGAAAAAAAGAAAAAUAAAAAACAGAAAUCUGAAAAAAAGGAUGACGUUGAUGGUAGUUCUUCUGAUUCUUCAGUUGAAUGGGUUGAGUCAAAUGCAUCACAGUCAGAUAACACAGAAAAGGCCUGGAAGGUCAGCAAGCAAUCAGAUGCUGCAAAAGAACCAUCUGUGCAGAGAGAAGAAUGGAUGAAUUUAGACUUCAUGUCUCUGAAAACCAUGUCACUGGCAUCUGUCAAAGGUGAAAGAGAGAAAGACAAAAUACUGGAACGACAGAAAGCUCGAGAAAUUGAGCAGGCUGUGCUUUCUGAGAGAGAACUCAAUCCCUAUUGGAAAGAUGGUGGUACGGGAUUGCCACCAGAGGAGGAUCCAUCAGCUUCAGUUAAAAAAGUUACAGUGAUAGAAGAUGCUGGUUUAAGCUGGUUACGAAAAUCAUAUCAAAGAAUGAAGGAGCAGGCUGAGAGAGAGAAACGGAAUAUUGAGGAAAUUGUAGCUGAAAGAUAUGGGUCAAUGGAGGCAUUUCAGUCACGGUUAGAAGAAGCUGAAAAAGUUGCACCCAAGAAGGAAAAUGAUUAUAGAAGUGGUAGAUGGAAAAAACAUGACUACUCAGAAAAUGAGAAGAAGGAACAUCGUAUGAAAAAUGAGACACGACAUGAAGAUGGUAGAAACAUGUCUGGGGGACAUACAAGGGAGAAGCAUGGCAAAGGAUGGACACCAGAAGACAGAGGUUAUAAUAGAGAUGGAACAAGAGCAGACCAAGAACGUGGACACAGCAGUAGAGACUCAGAAUUGAGAGGCUAUAGCUCCAAAAUAGAAAAACACUUGGAUGAAAAACGAAGUAAAGAAAAGAGUGUGUCUCUAAGUGACAUAAAACACAAAUUUCUGAAACCCUCUGAAGAUGACCUGUCAUCUUACAGUGCAUCUGGGGACUACAGGUCACAGGGAUCUUCUUCAAAACUGCCUCUUCAGAGCUCUUUAAGCAGCCGUUUCCAAAAACCUAGUGAGGAUACUCCACUGUGGAACAAAACGCACACACAAGAAAACAAUGAAAGAUCAGUAUCUGAUCAGAAGUCAUUGGAUACUGCAGCAAAAAGUCAUUGUGAAAGAACUCAAAGUUUUGAAAAAGAGAAAUCACGAGAGGAGUACCCAACCAGUAUCCCUGAGAAGCAGCAAAUGUCAUCUGACAGUGUAACAUCAUGUUCCUGGCAUCCAUCAGAGGAUGAGCCGCCUCGGGUCCUUAGUGAAGAUGAGAUGAACAAACUGGGAGCCAGGAUUGUGAAAGCUGAGCUCAUGGGAAACAUGGAAUUGGCUUCAAAACUUCAAGCAGAACUUGAUAGUGCGCGCAAAUUAAAAGAGACUCAGAAGCAGAUCCCAGGGAAGUCUCGCAGAGAGGUAAGGGGAAAAUAUUCUUUUUUUUCUUUUUAAUGCUAAUGUGAUAUA